ACUCUGCGUGCUGCGUCACGCCCUCCUGAAAAAGCAUCCGAUCACUUCCGCGUUCUUCGCAUAGCAACAGGAGGUUUUAAAAAAAAAAAGGAAGAUGGCGGACAGAGGAGACCCCCGUGUUUAGGUAAACAGCGUGCGAAGAGUCAGGACGAAGGGAGCUCCGGGGGAGCGGACGGGGUUUCGUUAGAAGAAACACCUGCAGGAGCGGUGAAGUUCUCCUGCGGCGCCAUGGCCUCCAACACCGGCCUGCUGAGCCAGCAGGCACUGGCGGUGCUGGACGUGGCGCUGCGGGUCCCCUGCAUCUUCAUAAUCGACGCCAUUUGUAACUCUCACUCGGAUCCAGUUGAUGACUGGACCGGAACAGCUGGACUGGUUUUACUGCGGGUGACAGGUAUUGUGGUGUGCAGUGUUGUGCUGGUGUUGUCCCAGAAGUCCCUGUUCAAGUUUUAUAGCCUUCUCGUGGGCAUGCUGCUCGGAUCCACCGCUGUGCUGCUAAACUACUACGCUACGUCUCAUGCAGACUCGUCCAGGUCGAUGCCGGGCUUCGGCCUGCCUCCUCGAGCCAGACCCAUGCUGUGGCUGGCCAUGGCUGCUCUGCAACUGCUGUUAGCUUCGGGCUACGUUUUGCUGCUCAGCGUGAAGUCUCCGUACUCCACUUUGAUAAUGCUGGACAUCCUGAUGCCCAUGGCCGGGGUUUUUAUAGAGCUCCCGGUGGAUGUAAAGCGGACAUUGGCGGUGGUCUCAGGAUCGGUGUUGGCUCUGAACACCGCCGUGUGCCUGCUCGUCCGCUUUAAGAAACUCUACUACUCUUGCCGUUACGUGUAUCUCCUGUUGCGGCACAUGUACCGCAUCUACGGCUUACAGCUGCUUCUGGAGGACACGUGGAAGAGGAUCCGCGUGCCGGAUGUGCUGCGGGUUUUCUGGCUCACACGUGUUGCGGCGCAGGCCGUGGUCCUGAUCUAUGCGAUCAGAAUGGCUCAGGCAGAGGAAAACGGCGAGGCUGGGGCCUACUGGACGUGGGCCGUGUUCUGGGAGCUGGGCAGUAGUUUGAUUAUCAGCGGCUGUGAUUCGACCCUCACUGUGCUGGGCAUGAGCGCCGUGAUCUCAUCUGCGGCUCACUACUUGGGUCUGGGAGUCCUGACAUUCAUCGGCUCGGCCGAAGAUGAGGAAGACCGCCGGCUAGGCUUCGUGGCUCCGGUGCUCUUCUUCAUCCUGGCUCUACAGACAGGCUUGAGCGGCCUGGAGCCGGGCGAGCGUCUGGUUCGUCUUAGCAGGAACCUGUGCUUGCUGCUGACCGCCGUGCUGCACUUUGUUCAUGGCAUGACGGAGCCGGUGCUGAUGGCGCUGAGUGCCUCGCACGUGCAGUCGGUGCGCCGCCACGCCCCGGCUCUCCUCGUGUCUCUGGUGCUGCUGACGUUGCCGGUGGCGUUGAGCGCCAUGCUGUGGCGGCGUUACACGCUCAACACGUGGCUGUUCGCCGUCACCGCAUUUUGCGUGGAGCUGUGCCUGAAGGUCCUGGUGUCGCUCACGGUCUACGUGCUCUUCAUGGUGGAUGGCUAUUACGGGACGCUCUGGGAGAAGCUCGACGACUACGUGUACUACGUGCGCUCGGCCGGCAACGUGGUCGAAUUCAUCUUCGGGAUCGUCAUGUUCGGGAACGGCGCCUACACCAUGGCGUUCGAGUCGGGCAGCAAGAUUCGCGCGUGUAUGAUGUGCCUGCACGCCUACUUCAACAUCUACCUGCAGGCUAAGAGCGGCUGGAGGACGUUUGUGAAGCGGCGCGCGGCUGUACGGCGCAUCCACUCCCUGCCCGAGGUCAUCGGCACCGGGCUGCGCGGCGUCGAGGACGUGUGCGCUAUCUGCUACCAGGAGUUUGUGACAGCCGCGCGCCUCACGCCGUGCAACCAUUAUUUCCACGCGCUUUGCUUGCGCAAGUGGCUGUACAUCCAGGACACGUGUCCCAUGUGCCAUCAGAGAGUGUACGACGAGGACGACUCGCCCCAGCGCGCGCCGUUCUCCAACAACAAUGGCCAGGCACCGGCUGGAGACCAACAGGCCGGGUUCGAAGCGGCCGGAGGAGGCGGGGCUGAACCGGGGCAGGCAGCAGGCUUGGGGGCGGAGCCUGAAGACGAGCUGCCGGAGGAUAACGACAGUAUAGAGUACGACGAAGACGAGUGGGGGACGCAGAGCGCAUCAAGCCCUGUAGAGGAAGACUAUAUAAACGAUGACACAGACUCCAAUACUGACUGAAAGAUCUUUUAAAUGGAAAAAUGCAAGAAAAAUAUUUCAGAUCAGGGAUUUGCUCUUUUAUGAUUUCUUUGAGAGUGUGUUUGUGUUUAGUUUUUGUUGGUAUGUCUGUGUCACUCAAAAGGGCUGCAUCGAUUAAAAGUGAGUGCAUUCCAAAGCCAAGGGUGAAAAGACAGACACGUGGAUGGAACGCUCGGCCGAGAGAAACCCCCUCUCUUCGUCUCCCCCUCCGUUUGCCCUGCUUACUGGACGAGUGGUCAAAAGGUGACGUGCUACUUACUGUAAUCACACAGAUCUUACCUCUUAAUGGCUACUACUGGUCUCUUGUGUGACCUUGCUUUAAUUUUAUGUACGUUGUUGUACAUGUCGUUUAAAACAAACAAACACACAACGGCACCCUUUUUUUUUCCCCUGUAAGAAAAAAAGGCUCGUGUUCGGGCCGCUCUCGUUUUCCCCGAGGAACGUCUCACCUCGCUCGGCGUCGCGUUUUGCACACUGUUACUCAUUCCACAGCAAAUCUGCAAAGGCAAACACGUUUAGGUCUUCAGUUUUACACCGGCGCUACGAAGAUGCCGUCAAUACAUUCACUUAUAUAUAAAUUACAUUUUUUUUUUUUUGAAUUUACCCUUAUUUUUACUUUUAAUUAGCAUUAAAGCUCUAUAUGUCCUCAUCCAAGCUCAUGUACCAUCAGCAGCAGCACUUUCUAAUACACUGAGAGAGACAUAGUGAAGGGGACGGAGUUCUAUCUGAUUGAAAUAAGAACGAAAGCGACUCGGAUGCGUCCUUCUUUAUACACUGAUCAUCGCUGAAAGAAAUUGUAUUGCUAAUCGUCCGGUCAUGGAACUGGGAUUUUUUUUUUUUUUUCCCCGAAACCCAAGACAACAAGCACAAAACCCUGUUCAGGAACAGGCUGAAACUAUGUAUUGAACUGUGUGUUAUUAAAAUAGGUUUUCUAUACUUA